AGGAGAAUAAGAAGGAGAAGUGCAUACGAUUCAGAAUCCAGGCGUGACUGAAAAUGUGUCGGAAGGUGAGGAGAUGUCUCUGGAUUUUGAGAGUUUUCUCCACAAUAACGGGACACUCUACAGCUGCUUCAAUCUCCACUGCAACAGAGUUUAUGUGGACGAGGCACAGAGGCUGCAGGCAUUUCCAAAGGACUGGUACAGUCAAGGAUGCUUCAUCACCCCCAACAAUCAGGUUUGGGGUCAGCUGCAGACGUUGGCCGGCAGUCAGCCACCUGUCAGUGAGGACGACCGGCCCGGAACGGUCUACAUCCACGGCAAAGGAACGGUGACGACCUACAUGUUUGAGGAAAAAGUGAACAUCUGCAGGUUUUGGGAUCCUCACUCAGGCGUCUGGCUGCUGCUGCCGCUGCAGUGGGAGAUGAACGUGGACUUUGUCAAAGCCCGAGUUCAACAAGUCACAGCGGCCCUGCCUGGCCUGGUUGACCAGAAAGAGAUCACUGCAGCGCUCAGACAGUGCAACUACGUCCCUGAAGAGGUUAUCUCCGUCUACCUGACCAUGUUUGGAGACAUCCUGCUGCAGGCCUCCUCCAACAGAUAUCAUAACUACACCGACCUCAACUCCUUUAGAGCCCUGCUAGAGAGGGACCGAGUCAUUGAGGAUCUGAAACAGAAGCUCCAGACCAAAGAGAAGGAUGUGGAUAAUCUCUUGCAGAGGAACAGCUAUCUGACCAGGGAGGCCGCUACCUGUCUGAGGUUGUGCAGCACCUGAAUCAGAACCUGGCUGAGCUGGAAACUGACCAACGAGAGGCACGAGAGAAGAUACGAUCCCUUCUGUCCCAGCACGCACCUGCAACACCGCCAACCAAAACCACCCCCAAGCCUUCUGUGGAUCCUGGUCAAUUCCGUAAUGUCCGUCGUCUGACUCGGGAGCUGAACGUUUCCAACAAGCGGCUUCGAUCAACCGUUCGACAGAUGAUGACAGACAUGCAGAACCAGCUAGAGCAGCUGAGAGGCACUGUGGGGAAGUUGGCCCACGUGAAGCAGAAUGUGGCUAUGGAGGUGGAGGAGCUGCGAUCACUCUAUAGGAAGCAGACGCUGGAGAGGAAAAGCCUGUACAACAAGCUGCAUGAGCUGCAGGGAAACAUCCGAGUGUUUUGCCGCUGCAGGAGGAGCUCCACCUCCAACUCCUGCCUGGAGAUAACCGCUGACCAGGAGGUAGUGGUCGUCCAGGGAGGAAACA